AAACUUUACAGAGUCAGGCUCCACAAAAGGGUUUCAUUGAUAAAUUCGCAAACAGCUAGAUAAAACACCACAGUAGAAACAGCUGACUUAUUCUUUUGCAUCGGCAUGUAUCGAGGGCUCAAAAGAUCUGCUCAUGACACAUACUCCUUUGUUAUUUUGUCUGAACAUGGUCUAACGGUGGGCUAUGUAUAACUAUCACGAUGUAUGGCUCCGUAACAGGUGCUGUCUAUUGAUUUCCAGGUUAGGUGUCGUUGAUGUCAAUGGUCGGCGCCUAAUUGGACAUAAAUAAUGAUCCGGAUAGCUGCUCUCAAUGCAGCCUCUGCUGCCGCAGAUGAGUGUGGGGAUGCCCUCAAGUCAACCAAAAGCCGGACCAAGGAGGCACAGGAAGCUGAGGCCUUUGCACUGUAUCACAAAGCCUUGGACCUGCAGAAGCAUGACAAGUUUGAAGAGUCUGCCAAGGCGUACCAUGAGCUCCUCAAAACUCCUCUUCUCAAAGAGGCACAGCCCUCCGAGAACGAGAAGGUGGGGCUUAAGCACCCCGGGCUAAUGCUGAAGUACUCCACCUACAAGAACCUGGCCAGCCUGGCUGUGCAGAGAGAUGACCUAGAGACGGCCAUGGACUUCUACCUGGAGGCUGUGAUGCUAGACUCCACUGAUGUGAACAUGUGGUAUAAGAUUGGCCAGGUGGCCUUGCGCCUGGUGCGUAUUCCCCUGGCCCGCCACGCCUUCGAAGAGGGGCUCCAUUGUAACCCUGACCACUGGCCUUGCCUGGACAACCUCAUCACUGUGCUCUACACAAUCAGCGACUACAGCUGCUGCCUGUACCACAUCUGCAAAGCCCUGGAGAAGGAUCACUGCUACACUAAGGGCUUAGUGCUAAAGGAGAAAAUCUUUCAGGAGCAGCCCUGUCUAAAAAGGGACUCGAUGAAAAUGUUCUCCAAAUGCCACAUGUCUGUGCAUUACGUGGACGUGGAUGAGGAGGAGGUGCAAUCCAUCGUGGAGGAGGCGCUGGAGUUGAGGAGGCGCCGACAGGCUCUGAACGUCCGUGAGCCCAAGCCUGACCUGAUCCUAGUGCAGCCCAUCAAAUACUUCACGUGGAAGAGUGUCGGAGAGAGUCUGGUGGCCAUGUACCGGCACCAGACCACAUGCGAUCCACCGCGUCCGAGCCUUGGCCGCCGCAUCAAUCUGUCAGAGUACCAGGACCUGGAGCGCUGCCUCCAGCGUACGCCACCACUGCCUCCACCGCUGCCUCCAUGCCAGGCUCCUGUGCAACCGCCCACCCCGGUCAGUGAGCCACAGGCCCUCUCCCAGCAGGGCAGCUGCAGCCCCAGCUCCUCGCAGCCCUCCAUGGCCGAGCAGUUGGUCACUCCGGGACCUACGGCCCCUGGAGAGGCACAGACACAGAUACAGACACAGAUACAGAUGAUGCAGGCUGAGGGUCUGGUACAGGCACAGGCACAGGCACAGGCACAGACAGAGCUCCCUCCUCCCCCUCCUCUUCAGCCCACCAACCCUGCCCUCAUCCCCCACAGCCAGAAUACGGUGGAGAUCAACACCACUGCUCCAGUAGGGGUAGAUCCUGUGCUGGGAGAUAAGGCAAAGAAAGCCCCCAAGAGGAAGCGGGUCGUAGAGGACAGUGGAGAGACCGCCAAGCGACGAUCAGCUCGAGUUCGGAACACCAAAUGCAAAAAGGAAGAAAAGAUAGAUUUUCAGGAGCUGUUGAUCAAAUUUCUUCCAUCAAGUCUGAGGAAAUUUGAUCCGGAGGAUGACGAUGAAAGCCUGAGCAACAUGGACACCCAGUGUGAUGCCAAAGCAAACAAAGAGCCUGGAGCCAGUGAAGCCCCCACUGAGUACAUCGGCUCUAUGGAACAGGAGCGCCAGGAUGUCCACAACUUCCUGCUCAGCAACAUGAGCAAUGGCGGGAUUCUGGAGCUGAUGAUGCGCUACCUGAAGGCGGUGGGUCAGAGGUUUGUGGAGCCGUGGCCCCCGGGCCUGAGCGCCGUGGUGCUGGACGUCUACCACUGCUGGAGGAAGCACAGCAUCGGCCUGCCCAACCCGCUGCACAAUGAGAGCAGUGACCAGCACCUCAGGGAGAUGAUGAUGAUGAGCUUGGCAUGUAUGGAGCUGCAGCUGGAGAAGUGGUCCCAGGCCAAGGGCAAGUUGGUGUCCCCAAGGAAGCACAUCCAGGGCCAGUCCAGUGACGAUACUGAGCCAGACUUCCCCGGGCCACACCAGCAGUCGGACCUGCUGCUCAUGGCCCUGGCCUCCUCCCAGAGGGACGUGUUCGGGGACGACUGGUGGGGUUAUGUGGUGCGGGUCUACUGGUACAAGGCCCGCUUCCUGACUCUGCAGGGCGAGAUGGACGAGGCCUUGGACAGCUAUGACGUCUGCACAGGUAUCCUGAAUAGCAAACGCCAGAGCGGCAGCGAGGAGGAGAACUUCACCAUCGUUCUACCUAACCUGCGAGCGGACGCCACCAUCUCGUUGGAGGAGAUUGAUAAGAAGCUGAAGAGCCUGGAGCGCUGCCAGUCCCUGGAGGAGAUCCAGCGGCUGUACGAGUCCAGUGACUAUGCGGCGGUGGUGCGGCUGCUGCAGCCCACGCUGAGUGGCGGGCCGGGCGCGGGCCGCGUCCAGCCCCUGGACUUCAUCAGCUCCGCGCCAGAGAGGCCCACCCAGCUGCUGCUGCUACAGAAUUCCCUGCUAAAGCAGAAGGACUACAAGCAGUGUCUGGAAUGUUCCGAAGUGGCGCUGAACGAAGCUGUGCAGCAGCUCAACGACGUGCUACCCAACUGCCCCUCCAGUAAGGAGGAGUGGGUGAGCACCAUCACCAAGCUGCUGGGGGGUAUCGAGAGCUGCCUGACCGAGGAGCCACAGAUCCUCAGCAACCUGCCUCGCUCUGCCAACAUGGCCCGGCUGGCCAACAACCUCAUCCAGUUGAUCGACUGCAGCAUGGCGCUGCCUGACGACCCCAAGGAGCCCCACUUCUCCUCUGUGCUGCCCUGGAUCCUGCUCCACCACAUCAUCAAGCAUGAGGAGGUGGCCUUCCACUGCACCAUGCACCGCCGCAUGUCUGUGGAGGACGAGGACGAAGUGGAGACUCCCAUGCUGCCAUCCUCGCUGAUGUUGCUCAACACGGCCCAUGAGUACCUGGGCCGCCGCUCCUGGUGCUGCAACUCCAACGGGGCUCUGCUCAAGUUCUACGUGUGUGUCCUGGAGAAGGAGGUGAAGGUCCUAAGGGCUAAUGAGGCCCACCCCUAUAAGGAGGAGCUGGAGAUGGCCCUGGAGCAAUGUUUCUACUGUCUGUACGCCUACCCCAGCAAGAAGAGCAAGCCCCGCUACCUGGAGGAGCACUCGGCACCACAGGUGGAACUUCUGUGGAGCAAUGCCCUCUUCAUGUUUGACUACUUCAAGCCUAAGACGCUGCCCGAGUUUGACAGCUACAAAACUAGCACGGUGUCCGCCGACCUGGCCAACCUGCUGCGUCGCCUCUCGGGCAUCGAGCCGCUCAGUGACGUGCCGACCCUGACCAUGGACGACGUCUCCGACUACAUUGAUGGCGGUGGCGUGAAGGUGAGGGGCAUCUCUGAGGUGCCUGCUCUUCCAGAGGGCUCGCCUCCAGCGCCCCCACUGGUGAAUGAGAUGUACUACCUCCUAGCAGAUUAUCAUUUCAAGAACAAGGAGCAGUCCAAAGCCAUCAAGUUUUACAUGCGCGACAUCUGUGUGUGUCCUAACCGGUUUGACUCGUGGGCAGGCAUGGCAUUGGCGCGGGCGAGUCGGAUCCAGGACAAGCUGAACUCCAACGAGCUGAAGAGCGACGGGCCCAUCUGGAAACACUCCCUGGCUGUGCUCACCUGCUUCAGGCGGGCGCUGGAGAUCGACAGCUCCAACCUGGCGCUGUGGAUCGAGUACGGCACCAUGUCCUACGCCCUGCACUCCUUCGCCUCACGCCAGCUCAAGCAGUGGAAGACCGAGCUGCCCCCAGAUCUGGUCAAACAGAUGGAGGAGAGAAGGGACUCCAUGCUGGACACGGCCGCCAAGUGUUUCCAGGGCGCGUCCAGCUGCGAGGGGGACAGCGACGAGGAGGAGUGGCUCAUCCACUACAUGCUGGGCAAAAUCGCAGAGAAGCGCAAGCAGCCACCCAAGAACUACCUGCUGCUCUACAAAAAGUCGGCCAACUACCUCCACGAGGAGGCUGCCCGGUACCCCCGUAAGAUCCACUACCACAACCCCCCUGACCUAGCCAUGGAGGCCCUGGAGCUGCACUUCCGGCUCAGUGCCACCAUCCUGAAGCUGCUGGAGGACGAGAGGGCCAAUGAGCAGAAGGGGGAGGAGGAGCUGGACUUUGAGCUGUUCUUCAACACGCUGGCCGAGGCUGCCGUGGGGCCGUUUGCCCGAGGGGAAGAGAAGAGCAUGCCCAAAACCAGCGAGAAGGACAAGACCCUCUCCCUGAACGACGACGACUCCCGCUCCUCCAUGGGCACCGGCCUGGCGUCCUCCUCAUCGGCGCCGGCAGCUGCAGCAGCAGGGGUGACGGUGACCGGCACCACCACCACCACCACCACUACCACCACCUCGCUCCCGUCCAGUGCGCAAGGUCUGACCUCACCGCCGUACACGGCCACUCCGGUGGACCACGAUUACGCCAAACGUAAAAGGCAGAGGCAGCAGCAGCAGCAGCAGCAGGAGCAGCAGCAGCAGCAGGAGCAGGGAGAUGCGCUGCAGUCUCAUGGCCAUGACUACUGCCUCUACAUGCCUACUGCAUUACAGAUGAUGCCCGUCACUGACAGACAGCUUACCUCUUGCACAUGCAUUUUGGCUUACAGAAAAAAAACGGACCACAGUCAGGACAGUGUGACCCAGCUGCUCUCCGACUCCAACUCCCUCCAGGAUGUGUUCCUGGACCCCACCAGCUCUCAGGACAGCAGCCAGAAGGUGGACUCUGGGAAAUGUAGUACGUUCUCUGAGGACACAAACCCCCAAAUGAAGGAAGGGGCGGCCCUGGUUGAAGAUCCAGGUUCCCUUCAGGAGAAGCCCACAGAGGCUAGGCCAACUUUACCCUCCCAGGAUGACACCACCACACAGGAGUCCUCAGAUACGCUCUCCAUCACCUCACCUGAGACGUGCGCCCCGAAGCCUCCCGCUGAGCUCUUUGCCCAAACCCCCACCACCACCACCCCCACCACAACUUCCACUGCAGUCACACCGACUUCAGCCAACGCGCCCAAUCAGAAGUCGACCCAGUCCACGCCGCCCACCCCACCCAGCGAGAGCAAGCGCCGGACUGAGCCACCACCACCGCAGGAGCUCCCUGAGGUGCCCAAGAGCCUGCCGCAGGGCCGGACAGAGCAGCACUACCUGCUGGUGGACUUGUCCAUCCGCUCGCUCUUCCUCUGCCUGAGCCGCUUCCCGCAGCACUACAAGAGCCUGUACCGGCUGGCCUACCUCUACGCCAACAGCAAGACGCAUCGGAACUUGCGGUGGGCACGAGAUGUGUUGCUAGGAAGCAGUGUCCCAUGGCAACAGCUGAAGCACAUGCCAGCACAAGGACUUUUCUGCGAGAGGAACAAGACCAAUCUGUUCAACGGCAUCUGGCGUAUUCCAGUGGAUGAGAUUGAUCGGCCAGGCAGCUUUGCGUCUCAUAUGAACCGCUCCAUCGUGCUCUUGCUGGAGGUGCUGUCUGAGCUCCGGGACCACGACACAUUACUUAAAGUCUCGUUCAUGCUGCAGAGAACCCCUGACCAGGGAAAGAAAUAUUUGCGUGAUGUGGACCGCCAGGUUUUGGCGAAGCGAGCGUUUUUCCUCACUGUGAAAGUGCUGGAGGACAAUCUGAACAAACUCACUGGGGUAUCAGAGCCGCCUCCUAAAGUUCCUGUCCCUUCCAUGGGGGAGAUGACGACGGCUGACCCAACCAGCAGGCCCUCUGCAGAGGCCGCCAAGCACACCCAGCCGCCUCAGAAGCCUGCCCUGACCGAGGCCCCAGCAUCGUCCACCUCAGCCGAGGCAGCACCCAGAGACGACUCCCCAAUGCAGCAGCAGCAGGCGUCUGUGCAGGCACCUGCUGAAAAACUGACCGAUCCCCAGGGCAGGGCUGAGGGCACGCAGGGCGAGAGUGCCAGGGCGGGCAGCGCGGAAGAGCCCAUGGAAUUGGACUUGGGACACAGUUUGGCCACAGCCACAGCCACGAAGAAGGCAGACUCUCAAAGCGCGAGCGUCCUGGCCGAGAAGGAGGCCCUGCAGACAGUGCCGGAAUCCUCAGGGAAGGCUCCGGAGAGCGGCGGCCACACGCCAGAGCUGUCUCUAGAGGAACUGAGCAUCAGUUCUAAACAGCAUCAGCUGCAGCAUCAGAGCCUAAGCCUGGUACCCAAGGGGCCGCCCCCCACAUCGGCCCCGAGCGCCUCAGAGCGCCGGCCCCGGAAGAGGAAGCUCCUGGAGGACGUGGAGUCGGGCAAGACCCUCCUGCUGGAUGCUUACAGGGUGUGGCAGCAAGGUCAGAAGGUCAUGACCUAUGACCUGGGCCGCAUUGAGAAGAUUAUGUCUGAGACAUACAUGCUCAUUAAGCAGGUGGAUGAGGAUGUGGCUCUGGACCAGGCUGUGAAGUUCUGCCAGAUUCAGAUGGCUGCUUCAGCACAAAGACAGACCUCCGUUGACACCCCGGUCACCCCCAAAUUCAGCAAAGAGCAGCGCGACAUCUUCUUCCCCAGCAACUUCCCCAGCGGGCCGCUCCACAGCCCUCACACGCCCACCCCCACCGCGCUGGCCGGCCACGACAGCCUGCCCACAGAGGCCAGGCAGGGUAAAGUGCCCAGACUGUCGCACCCGCACUCCCACUCCCACUCCCACACCCACACCCACUCGCAUCCGACCACGCCCACACAGGGCACGGCGCCACCACUCUACUGUCCACCUCCAGCCACCCAGGACCAGCAGCUGCCCAGGAAGCCCACGAGCAACCCCACGGUGGCAGACAUGGCCGCCAGCUUCCACCCCCACACAGCGGAGGGCCGAGAGGAGUGUGGCCCUGAGGGUCUGGCCUACAGGCAGCAGGAGUCGCACCUGUGCCAGCAGAUGAAGAUGGCCUCUGUGUCACAGGCGCAGGACAUUGCCACUUGGGGCAGCGACGAGCCACCCACCUGCAGCGCCUCACAGGCCAGCACAGAGGACGUGUUUGUGUCCGGUGAUCAGCCCCAGCAGGCGGACUCCAGCCGCAUCCGCUCCCGGAUCCCCCCCAACAUGCCAAAGCUCUUCAUCCCGUCGGCCGUCACCAAGUUCCCCCCGGAGAUCACGGUCACGCCCCCCACGCCCACGCUGCUCUCGCCCAAGGGCAGCGUCUCCGAGGAGACCAAACAGAGGCUCAAGAAUGUGAUUCUGGCCUCUCAGUCUGCAGCUAAUGUGAAGAAAGACACUCUGGCCCAGCCAGCUCUCGAGGUGCAGGAGACGUCCAGCCAGGAGUCGUCUCUGGAGAGCGAUACGGACGAGGAGGACGACUACAUGGACAUUUGAGUGGACGAACAGACGGACACGUUGGACAUAAGGGGACAGAUGUUCUCUCUUUCCUCUCACCAGCCUCUGCUCACAGUCCUACAAAGGCAAAGAGCUGACUUUGGCUGAUAUUGAGAGCCACAACCACCACUCUUUACGUGUGUGUGUGUGUGUGUGUGUGUGCAUCUCUCUCUCUGUAACACACACACACACACACACACACACACUCAUACACGCUCAUUCUCACUCAUGCUGUUAUUCAUGCUUUGUCUCUGUUUCUGUAUGUCUCAUUCUCCUCUCUCUGUCCUCUUCACUCCUGUCUCUCACAUCUCCCCUGUUUUCUUCAAUUCUCUCUCUACUUCCUACCUUCAGCUGUGACUUGAGCAAAUGCAACGGUACUUUUUUAAACUGCACUUAAUCAUCAAUCUCAUCGGGCUGAUUUCAGUUCCAGACUGCAACUGGUCUUCAGCCUGGGCUCCAUCCCAUUCCAUCCUCUCUCUCUCUCUCUCUCUCUCUGUUCCGGCUCGAACUCUCAGCUGCGCAUGUUCUCUCUAGCACAAGGGCUUUCUCUUCUGCCAGUGUGUGUGGCACCGCAUCUUGGCACGUCUACGGUCUUGUUCAGUGCUGAUGCUCCUGUGAUGGCUGGGCAUGGAUUUAUUGUUAUUUACUCUUGUUGUUGUUGUUGUCGUCGUUGAUGUUGUUCAUAAUUACUGCUAUGAUUUUGUAGCUAUCCAGCAAAAAGUGCCAUUUUAACACUUCCCCGCCAACACCCCCAAACCUCUCAGUGAAAUCAGGUGUUUAUGCUGAGGCUAAUGAGAGGAACUGUCCCAUGAUGUGGAUGAGUGAGGGUGUUCCUGAAACCUAUGCAGACGCAUGCUUCCCCACGCUCCGCACCAGUGCUGAUGGGGAUGUACUGAACUAGUCCAAGUGAUCAUGUUCAGACAUCAGGUUUGAAUGUUUCAUGUCCCGAAAACAUCCGCUCUGUACCGUUGAGGAAAGAACAGGAGCUUCAGGCCCCCUCGCGGUGCCAGUAGGGUAGGAUGGACCCAUUUCAGCUCACAACUCUGUGUGCGUUAAGGCAGCUUGACCUUUCUUAACCUUCACCGCGGUCAUCUCACCAUACCUGAGGUGCCCCCACGGCAGAACGUGUUCCCAGGCGGCAUAUCAUUCCAGCUCGCUCUCACUCAUGUCCGCGCGUCUCCGAGCGUGUCACGAGAGGGACCCUGUUGUCUAGGCGACGCGUCCAGUAUAGAGCCCCACACGAGCAGAAACAGCAGGCUUCUUCUCUCGCACCAACCUGUGCAACCCUCUGCAGAUGAUAUCGGUUUACAUGUACACUUGCAUUUCUACAGUUAUCCACCUGUCCACCUGUUCUACAAUUAUCUACCCUUUUUUUUUUUUUAAAAAAAAUGUAAUUUUGUUUAUGCCUUUUUCAUGCAGUUUUCUUUUCAGUCUGGCUCUGCAGUUGUCCUCAGUGUUUCUUUUUUUAUGCUUGUUUUUUUUGUGUGUCAUUGGAUGUUUUCAAGUUAUUUUCAAUGACUUUGGUGUUCUCACAGUGUAUGGUAGCUACAUGCAGGUGUUGUCGUAUCAUGCAGAGGCCCAGGCUGGAGGAGCCACCAGCAGCAUUACCCCAGACUUGCACAAGAGCGGCCCCCACUCUGAAACUCCAAGGCUCUGACACCUUUGUACAUAUCAUGGAAGCAUCUCAAUCACCACUUGUAGCUGCCUAAGCUCAGCAGGAAAGAGGAAACAAAAAAAACAGAAAACAAACAAAUGCUCGACUGGUCUAUUUUGGAGAAUAUGGAAGAAUACAAAACACACAACACUGACUAAACAAGCGUUAAGACGGCUGAAUGUUUUUUUACAGAUUGUUUUCUAAGAGAAGAUGGUUAUUCAUGGUAUUUUUCUGAAGAAAAAAAACUGUCUAAGUAUACUUUUUUUAAAAAGAAAUAAAGACUUUCUAAAACAAUUGUCAUUGGGGGAAAAAAGAUGUCAGCCAAUCGUUUCUGCCUAACUUGGAUGUUUGUAUUUUGUUUGUUUUUUCGGCAAUGUAAGAUAUUGUUUUGUAUUCCGCUGCUGCGCUUCUCAAAGGGAUUUCCCAUGGCUGAGAGCAGUGGGAUUCAGCCUGAUUGUAAGGCUUUCAUUACUAUGGCGAUGGGUUCAGGGCUGUGGUGGGAUUGGAUGUUAUAUUAUGAAUUUUGACUUGCUGCAUUAAAGUUGUCACAACCAAAAAUACACUUGA